CCCAAGUUGUUUGUGUCUCUCUCCGUCCAAAGUCACCGUCUCGAGAAUAGUGACCUUUAUUCUCUAGAUUUUCUCGAAAGCUUUAAAGAAUCUGAUUGUUCUCCCGAGAACGACGACGUUUUCAAAUUUGGUUUGGAACUAUGUCGGAAUCGUCUUCUUCGUCGUCGUCGCCUACGGAAGAGAUCGUUCGAUUAAUCAAACGAUUAAGCGCUUACGUCACUUUCAAGAUGUCCACCAUCUUCUCUACAUCUAUUCGCAAUCUGGAUUCAAGAUCUGUUGGUGCAAUCGCUGGGCUUGCAGUUGCUGUGAUAUUCACAUGGAGGGCGUUGAGAACAACAGGGGAGCCUCCAAGAAGGCAGCCAAAACGCAGGAUGCAGCCAGCUGAAGCCUCUCAGUCUAAUCCAGCUUCGAACCCACCUGAUGUUUCGGCGUCUCAUGAGGAUAACGGAGUGCAACAUGUCGUUGAUCACUUCUUUCAGCCUGUCAAACCUACACUGGGGCAGAUAGUUAGGCAGAAGCUUAGUGAAGGCAGGAAGGUAACAUGCCGUCUUCUUGGAGUUAUUCUUGAGGAAUCAAGUCCAGAAGAACUCCAAAAACAAGCAACAGUGAGGUCAUCUGUCCUGGAAGUCCUUCUAGAGAUCACAAAGUAUUCUGAUUUGUACCUCAUGGAAAGAGUUCUUGACGACGAAAGCGAAGCCAAAGUUCUACAGGCUUUAGAGACGGCAGGCGUUUUCACAUCUGGUGGUUUGGUCAAAGAUAAGGUCCUCUUUUGUAGUACAGAGAUAGGAAGAACAUCCUUUGUUAGACAACUAGAACCUGACUGGCAUAUCGACACAAACCCGGAAAUCAGCACACAACUAGCUAGGUUCAUAAAAUAUCAGCUUCACGUCUCUGCGGUAAAACCAGAGCGAACGGCUCCCAACGUGUUCACCUCGCAGUCAAUGGAACACUUCUUUGGAAGUGCUUGAUGCCAACACCAAGGAGGUAAAAGAUACGCAACAAACACACAGGCUCACUGUUGUAACAGAAGGAAGCACCAGAUGCAUAAAUUGUCUCGUUUCAUCAUCAAGUCUCUUCGACUGAACUUGAAAAGUUCCCUUUUUUUUUUUUGUAUUCGUCUCGAAAUUUAAAAGAAGUUUUUGAUAUUUAGAAUACUGGGAGAGAGUUCCUUUUGUGGAAGUGUCGAAGUUUGUAAUAUAAUGUGUAUUAGCAACUUAGGAGAAAAGUGUUGAGGAAAGAAACAGAGCCCCUUGUUCUUGUCUG